AUGUCUUUGGCCCCCGUUCAGAUUUUCCAGGACAAUGCAACCGAGGAGCGUGCUGAAAACGCUCGCUUGUCGUCGUUCAUCGGCGCUAUCGCUGUCGGCGACCUCGUCAAGAGCACCCUUGGACCCAAGGGCAUGGACAAGAUCCUCCAGUCAGCAUCAACAGGCGAGGUCAUGGUCACCAACGAUGGCGCCACCAUUUUGAAGUCUAUUGCUCUCGACAACGCCGCCGCCAAGGUCCUUGUCAACAUUUCCAAAGUUCAGGACGACGAAGUCGGAGACGGCACUACCUCUGUCUGUGUCCUCGCCGCCGAGCUGUUGAGAGAGGCCGAGAAGCUGGUUAACCAAAAGAUUCACCCCCAGACGAUCAUCGAGGGAUUCCGGAUUGCUAGCGCUGCCGCCUACAAGGCCCUCGAGGAGUCUGCUAUCGAUCAUUCUCAAGAUCCCGAAGUCUUCCGUGCCGAUCUGAUCAACAUUGCCAAGACGACCUUGUCUUCCAAGGUCUUGUCACAGGACAAGGAGUACUUUUCCAAGUUGGCUGUGGAUGCUGUUUUGAGAUUGAAGGGAAGCACCAACCUCGAGAACAUUCAGAUCAUCAAGAAGGUCGGAGGUCGUCUUGCGGACUCUUACUUGGACGAGGGAUUCAUUCUGGACAAGAAGAUUGGUGUCAACCAGCCCAAGCGCAUCGAGAACGCCACCAUCAUGGUCGCCAACACCCCUAUGGAUACUGACAAGAUCAAGAUCUUUGGAGCUCGUAUUCGUGUCGAGGGCACCGGAAAGCUGGAGGAGUUGGAGCGUGCUGAGCGUGAAAAGAUGAAGGCCAAGGUUGAGAAGAUCAAGGAGCACGGUAUUACUUGCUUCGUCAACAGACAGUUGAUCUACAACUGGCCCGAGCAGCUCUUCGCUGACGCCGGAAUCAUGUCGAUUGAGCACGCUGAUUUCGAUGGUGUUGAGCGUUUGGCCCUUGUCACUGGAGGAGAGAUCACCUCGACCUUUGACCACCCCGAGCUCGUCCGUCUCGGACACUGCGAUGUCAUCGAGGAGGUCAUCAUUGGCGAGGACCGCUUGAUCAAAUUCUCAGGAGUUGCUGCUGGAGAGGCCUGCACGAUUGUUCUUCGCGGAGCAACUCACCAGUUGUUGGACGAGUCUGAGCGUUCGCUCCACGAUGCCCUCAGUGUCUUGUCGCAGACGACCCAGGAGCCCAGGACAGUUCUCGGAGGUGGAUGCUCAGAGGUGUUGAUGUCCAAGGCUGUCGACGAGGUUGCCGCCAAGACUGCCGGCAAGCAGCAGGCCGCCAUUGAGGCCUUCUCGCGCGCUCUUCGUCAGAUGCCUACUAUCUUGGCCGAUAACGGCGGUUAUGAUAGUGCUGACUUGGUCGCCAAGUUGAGGGCUUCGCACUAUGCGGGUAACAAGACACAUGGUUUGGAUAUGGAGCAUGGCGCCGUCGGUGAUAUGCGUGAGUUGGGCAUCACAGAGUCGUUCAAGUUGAAGAGGCAGGUGUUAUUAUCGGCUUCUGAGGCUGCCGAGAUGAUCUUGAGGGUGGAUGAUAUCAUCCGUUGCGCACCAAGGUAA